GAAUUGGCUGGAAGCAAUAGAAGAACAUUCUGCUUACAGCACUCACUACUGUUCCCAGGACCAGUUGACCGAUGAUGAGGAGGAAGAUGCAGUUUCUGCUGUAGACUUGAAGAAAUCCUUAGAGAAAGCACAGUCAUGCCAACAGAGACUAGAUAGGGAAAUUUCCAACUUUCUCAAAAUGAUUAAGGAAUGUGACAUGGCUAAAGAAAUGCUUCCAUCGUUUCUUCAGAAAGUUGAAGUUGUCUCUGAAGCUUCUAGAGAAACUUGUGCAGCUUUGAGUGAUUGCCUUAAUCUCUUCACUAAACAAGAAGGGGUGAGGAAUUUUAAAUUGGAACAGGAACAAGAGAAAAACAAAAUUUUGUCAGAAGCACUGGAGACUCUAGCCACUGAACAUCAUGAAUUAGAGCAGUCUCUGGUUAAAGGAUCUCCACCUCUCAGCAUCCUUAGUGAGGAUGAGUUCUAUGAUGCACUGUCAGAUUCCGAGUCCGAGCAGUCCCUGAGUAGAUUGGAAGCAGUUACAGCACAUUCCUUUGAAGAGGAAGGAGAGCAUUUGAGCAGUGGAAGACACAGAAUGUCUGAAGGAAAAGAUUGUGGUGGUGGAGAUGCUCUCUCCAAUGGCAUCAAGAAGCACAGGACAAGCUUGCCCUCUCCUAUGUUUUCCAGAAAUGACUUCAGCAUCUGGAGCAUCCUCAGAAAAUGUAUUGGAAUGGAGCUAUCCAAGAUCACCAUGCCAGUUAUAUUUAAUGAGCCCUUGAGCUUCCUCCAGCGACUGACUGAAUACAUGGAACAUACGUACCUCAUCCACAAGGCCAGUUCUCUUUCUGAUCCUGUGGAAAGGAUGCAGUGCAUAGCCGCGUUUGCUGUAUCUGCGGUCGCCUCUCAGUGGGAACGCACCGGAAAGCCUUUCAACCCACUUCUGGGAGAGACCUACGAAUUAGUUCGGGAAGACCUUGGAUUCAGACUCAUCUCAGAACAGGUCAGCCAUCAUCCACCAAUCAGUGCAUUUCAUGCAGAAGGCUUAAACAACGAUUUCAUCUUUCAUGGCUCAAUAUAUCCCAAACUGAAGUUCUGGGGGAAGAGUGUAGAAGCAGAACCCAAAGGAACCAUCACCUUGGAACUUCUUGAACACAAUGAGGCAUAUACAUGGACAAACCCCACCUGCUGUGUGCAUAACAUCAUUGUGGGUAAACUCUGGAUCGAGCAGUACGGCAACGUGGAGAUCAUCAACCACAAGACUGGGGACAAAUGUGUGUUGAAUUUUAAGCCAUGUGGCCUUUUUGGUAAGGAAUUACACAAAGUUGAAGGCUACAUCCAAGAUAAAAGCAAAAAGAAGCUCUGCGCCCUCUAUGGGAAGUGGACUGAGUGUUUAUACAGUGUUGACCCUGCCACUUUCGAUGCUUACAAAAAGAAUGAUAAGAGAAAUACCGAAGAGAAGAAAAACAGCAAACAGAUGAGCACUGCCGAGGAGUCCGAUGAAAUGCCGAUGCCAGAUUCUGAGAGUGUGUUUGUUAUCCCUGGAAGCGUUCUCCUGUGGCGAAUAGCCCCACGGCCUCCCAAUUCUGCCCAGAUGUAUAAUUUUACUAGUUUUGCAAUGGUGUUGAAUGAAGUAGACAAGGAGAUGGAGAGUGUGAUUCCUAAGACGGACUGCAGGUUACGGCCGGACAUCAGAGCCAUGGAAAAUGGAGAAAUAGAUCAAGCCAGUGAAGAAAAGAAACGACUUGAGGAAAAACAAAGAGCAGCCCGCAAAAACAGGUCAAAGUCGGAAGAGGACUGGAAAACAAGGUGGUUCCAUCAAGGUCCCAAUCCCCACAAUGGAGCACAGGACUGGAUUUACUCUGGCAGCUACUGGGACAGAAACUACUUCAAUUUGCCUGAUAUUUAUUAAAAUGCAGACGAGUCAGGGUGUUUAAUCUACAAAUAAGUCUUAAACCUAUGUUUUUAAAUUUUUUCCCUUGGUUUCUACUCAUCUUUUAAAAAUGAAAAAAACCCAUUCAUGAGAUAACUUGCAUUUCACCCAACAAAAGUAAGGCAUAGGUGAUACUGAUGAAAGUCUUAGAAAAAUGCAUAAUUUUGCUAUGAAAUGUACUUAUUUGGAAUACUAUUUUAUAUAGAGGUAAGAAGAACUGCUGGAGAAUAUGCUUUUUAUGGUUGCUGUUGCCAUAUUUACUGAGGGUUUAUACCUAAAUGUAACUUUAGCUUUAUGGAAUUAUAUAGUAAUACCAAAUCAAGUUAUUUUGAAUAUUUUUAUGCUGUCAUGCUUGAAUGUUUAGAUGUAACUUGGAAAUGAUUAGAGUUCUCCUGUACAAUGUUUAUGUGCUCAAAUGUAGAGGUGAUGUCAUUUUGUAAGACUCAAGUGGUAAGAUGGCUUUUGUUCAUUCUAAUCCUCUCAAUUUUAUCCCUUCCAAUCUCCAAAAAGAAAAUAAGCCUGAAUAUUCAGAAUAGGUAUUUCUGAUUUGACAAUUCUAAAGAAUUAAACUGGAAAAAGUAUUUUUAGUGCUCUAAACGUACCUUUACAAUUUUCUGUAAUCAAUGUCAUUAGUUAAAAUAGGUUUAAAUUGUGCAUUUGAACUGAAAAUGUGUAAAAUCUAAUAAUUCAAAAUGCCCUAAAAUACAUGUUUUAAUCACAAUUACAUGAUGACAAACCUUUUUAAAUGCUUCAAAUUCCAGUGGCCAAUACCACUAGAGAAAUUAAGUUGCACUCAUGUAUUAUAAGUAUCAAAUUAUAUAAAAGGUGGUCUUGUGCAUUUCAAGUUUGCAAGGCACCUGUGUACUUAAAAUAUGUAUGGAGACCUACUGUACAGUAGCUUUGCCCCUUUAAUUGGGGUACACUGAUCUUAUAGUAUUUAUCCACCCCAACCCCAGGCUGAGGAUAUUGCUCCAAGGGGCCUUAGGUAGUUGCCAGUAAAUUAUUUUAAUUGCUGUCUUGAAGUUAACAAGUGUUAUACUGAAAUAAUAAUCUACCUGAUGCUAAAUAAAGGCUUUAGAAUGUUC